AUGGCUCUCUCCGUUGAGUCGCUGAAUGGAGACACUUCUUUUCUCCUUACUUUUGACCCACCCGCUGCCCCACUAUCGUCGCCGGGAUUGUUCCCAGGAUCGUUCACGAUUCUGGUUGACCCCUGGCUUUCAGGGCCCUCCAUCAUCCUAAACUCCAUCUUCUCGCAUUCUGUACAGAGAGCGAAACCAUCCGUCGCGAGCCUGAGAGACCUUGACCGCGAACCCGACCUCGUGCUUAUAUCCCAAGACAAGCCAGACCACUGCCAUGAAGCUACCUUGCGCCAACUCCCACCAGACUGCGAUGCGACUAUUCUAGCCAUACCGUCUGCGGCCAAGAAGAUUCGCUCAUGGAAACACUUUCGUCCCAGCCUUGUGCACGCUCUGCCGAAGUACGUCGAGGGAGAUGGCCAGUCCAUACACCGUAUAGUAUUACCGCCGCCGUCUCCCCGAGGGACAUGUGGUGAGGUGACGGUGACUUGGAUUCCAGCCAAGCGGGACCUUUCCAAGGUACAUCACGCGAUCGGGAUAACAUAUCGGCCUCCUUGCACCGUACUCUCGUCGCUAAGCCCAAUGCACUACAUCAACCUGCCUAUGAGCCCGCCCCCCUCUCCAGGAUCGCCAAUGACAAUCGCCUCAUCGCCCCGUACGCUGGUGCCGUCACCAAACAACGAUCGGGAGAAGACCUUGUCUGUCAUUUACUCACCUCACGGUGUUUCGUACGACGUGAUUCGUCCUUACGCAAGCUCCUACCUUGUGUCGGAAUCUGCGCUUCCCCUCACCGCGCUUCUACAUUCUUUUGACUGCGUUGAGAAUCCUUGGUGGCUUGGAGGUAACAUAUCAGCUGGCAGUCCCGGUGGCACAGAGAUAGCCAAGAGUCUGUAUGCCAAAGCCUGGAUAUCUGCCCAUGAUGCAGACAAGGACAAUCGGGGUUGGGCAGUCAAGUUGACUCAGAUUGCACAGCACGCGGUUGACGAAGUGAAGAAGAUGGUGGAAGAGGGUGUCAUCAGGAAGACGCUGCCAAAUACCGAAGUCUGUUCGCUGAGGGCCGGCGACAAGCAUCGGAUUGCUGUGGGAUGA